AUGGGGGAAAUGAUCAUGGAGGUUCGCUCUGCAUGCUGGUAUCAGGGAACAAGAGAACGGUUUACUUCUAUAGUGGCAAGUACGGUGGCUCCGACGGAAGUUCUUCAGAUAAUGAUUGGAGAGAGCGAAGCUUCCUCUGAUCAAUAUUCUGGUGAGUUUAUUGUAACUGAUCUUCCUUUGGAGUUUUUCUGUGAGGUUUUGAAUCGUGAUUUUCUGUGGAGUUUUCUGGUGAUUCUUCAAGUGAUGAAGAAUGGUGAAGAGGAAGGUGAGAAGAUAAGAGAGAGUUUGAUGGUGAUUCUUCAGAGAAUGAAGAAUUGA